CAUAGCGGGUGGUGUCCCUCCCCUCUUGGUAGCAGGACGACUGGUCUCCAGUUACGCUCAUAUUUUUGUUGUAUCUUUUUGCAACGUCAUUGGAUCCAGGCUAUCAUGAAAUAACACUGGGUAUCAGGGCCUGAGCAUGGACCGCCGACAAUGCUAGGGCUACCAUGGGCAGCGUCACACUGCGCUACUUCUGCUAUGGUUGCCUCUUCACCUCUGUGACCUGGUCCGUCCUGCUCUUCCUCUACUUCACCCUGAGCCAGGACGGCGGCCGGCCCUCCUUCAGGAAUGUGCCCAUCCAGGGGCCACAGGCCAAACGCUUCCAAUCGCGCUUCACCAGGAGCCCUGGAGGAGGCCAAGAGCAAGGCAUCAAGGCAGUCCCUGCAGCAAGAGGCAACAAAAAGGCCGAUCUCUCUCCGGAGAUGGGUAUGAUUUUUAAUGAGCAAGACCAGGAGGUUCGAGACAUGGGCUAUCACAAGCACGCUUUCAACGUACUCAUCAGCAAUCGACUGGGCUUCCACCGAGACCUCCCCGACACUAGGGACGACAGGUGCCGAGAUGGGAUCUAUCCUCUGUCCCUCCCCACGGCCAGCGUAGUGAUCUGCUUCUUCAACGAGGCGUUCUCCGCCCUCCUGCGCACCGUGCACAGCGUUCUAGAUCGCACGCCUGCCUACCUGUUGCAUGAGAUUAUACUGGUGGAUGACAGCAGUGAACUAGCUGACCUGAAGGGAGACCUGGACAUCUAUGUCCAGCUCAACCUCCAGGGCAAGGUCAAGGUGGUCCGCAACGAGAAGAGAGAAGGACUGAUCCGAGGGAGGAUGAUAGGGGCCUCUCAUGCCACAGGGGAGGUGCUGGUGUUCCUCGACAGCCACUGCGAGGUAAACGAGGCGUGGCUGCGGCCCCUGCUGGCACCCAUCCAGCGGGACCGCAAGUCGGUAGUGUGUCCCGUCAUCGACAUAAUUAGCGCCGACACGCUGGCCUACAGCCCCUCCCCCAUCGUCCGGGGGGGCUUCAACUGGGGGCUGCACUUCAAGUGGGACCCUGUGCCCGCCUCAGAGCUCAACGGCCCCGAAGGAGCACUGGGCGCCAUCAGGUCCCCCACCAUGGCCGGUGGUCUGUUUGCCAUGGACAGGAAGUACUUUAACGAGCUGGGCCAAUACGACAGCGGCAUGGACAUCUGGGGAGGCGAGAACCUCGAGAUCUCCUUCCGGAUCUGGAUGUGUGGGGGCCAGCUCCUGAUCAUUCCCUGUUCGCGGGUUGGUCAUAUAUUUCGUAAACGGCGGCCCUACGGGUCACCCGGAGGUCAGGACACCAUGGCUCACAACUCCCUGCGCCUGGCCCACGUAUGGAUGGAUGAAUACAAGGAGCAGUACUUCAACCUGAGGCCGGAGCUCCGGGAACGCGCCUACGGUGACAUCAGCGAGCGGCAGGCGGUGCGCCAACGGCUGCAGUGCCACUCUUUCAAGUGGUACCUGGACACCAUCUACCCCGAGAUGCAGGUGGGCUCAACCCACAACAAGCCUCAGCAGCCUGUGUUCGUCAACAAAGGUCUCCGCCGGCCCAAAGUUCUGGAAAGAGGCCGGCUGCGGAACCUGCAGGCUGACAAGUGUCUGGUGGCUCAGGGGAGGCCAAGCCAGAAGGGGGGUGCUGUGGUGCUGAGGGCCUGUGACACACACAACCUAGAACAGGAGUGGGCCUAUGAUGAGGAGCACGAGUUGAUCCUGACUGGCCUGCUGUGUCUGGACAUGUCCGAAAUCCGCUCGUCUGACCCGCCCCGUCUCAUGAAGUGUCACGGCUCAGGAGGCUCCCAGCAGUGGACCCUGGGGAAGAGCAACCGGCUAUAUCAAGUCUCAGUGGGCCAAUGCCUGGCCGUGGUCGACACAAUCAGCCCCAAGGGAUACGUUGCCAUGGCGAUCUGUGAUGGCUCUCAGUCCCAGCAGUGGCAGUUGGAGGGCUGAUGUUGAUACGCCGCGACUAGUAACGUUCCAGACAUUGACUGCCCCCCUCUGGAUGGAGGGGGGAAUACUGCACGCUGCUGCUGUGACAAGGAAAGGGGGAUGGAACUAAUUAUACGGACUGUGUUCUUAGAGAAUGAAUGCUGUUUGUCUUCAGAACUGGUUCCAGCCUCCCUGAAGUGCACAGAGUGAGUACACUGUAGUCUCAACCGCAUUUGUAUGACUUCCCCUCUUGGAAAUUAGUACUCCAUUUUCCCCCCUGAGAACAAUUCCUUGUCAUAUGUGUUAGAAUGUGUCAUGCAAAUGAUUUAAAAAAAAAAAAAAAAAAAAAAA